UUAAAAAUAUUAAAAUAUACUUAUGUUUUAAUAAUUAUAUAUAUUUAACCAAUAGUGUUUAUAAAAUUAUUUUAAAUUAAUAUAUUUGCAAUUAAUAUUAAAUUUAGAAUAAAUAUAAAUUACCUUGAAAUUCUAAAAUAGUUCUAUUUAUGUAACAAAAAAAAAGAAGUCAAGAUAACACAUUUUAUGAAACAAAAGGAGUACUAAAAUAAAUGUGUGACAAAAUAUCACAAUUUCUGAAAUAGCAUUCCCUAAAAAAAUAAAAAGACUAAUAUGUUUUCAUCUAUAAUUAAUUGAUUAAUAAGAUUUAUUAUAAAUUAAUUUUAUAAAUAAUAAACAAAAUUUAUAUAGUAAAUAUAAACUUUAUAUUCAGAUUUAGGGUUUAAUGAUUACAGUUUAGGGUUAAGUAUUCAAAAGAUGGAUUAGGGUUUAAGGUAAUUUAGUGCUCUUAAUCAAAGAUUUAUAUUAUUUAUUAAAAUAUUUUAGAUAGGAAAUUUUAGUAAAUUUCUGGUCAUUUAAAAAUUUCAUGUGGACUUUCAAUGAUAAUAUUUAACGUAUUUAAUCAUUUAAAUUUAUCUACCUUGUAAAAUUUUAAACAAACUAUAUUUACACGUAAUUUUUUAAUUAUUUUGUGAAUUUGCACAGCCAAACAAAAUGUAAACCUAUAAAGAUGGUAAAAAGUAAUAACGUGUCUAAUUUUUGAAUUUUUGGAAUUUUAUUAAUUUUUAAUUAAUAAAUUUAAAUAUAAAUAACUUCUCGAGAGUUCUUCGUGUGAUCGGAGUUGUUUGGGUGGUGCUUAUUCAACACUUUAGCAGUUAUGGGACGGCUAGCCGUAGGCAAAAAAACUAUAACCGAAAAACUGAACUGGAUUCGUAUUAAAUACCUUAAUGGUUCUUAUAUUUCUAUAUCCGAAUAAAUGAACCAAAACCGGAACGAACUGAGAACCGAGCGGAUAUCCGAGUAUCCGAAAAAACAAGUUUCAACUAUUCUGAUAUAAGGUAAAUUGUCAUCAACCCCACUCAAACCCAAACUGGAUAGGAAGAGUGAGAACAUUGUUACCACCAUACCUCAUUAUCUUUUGCGUACUCUCUUAUAUUAUACAUAUAAUUUGUAUUUCUACAUUAAAAUAUAGUAAAUACUUACAAAACUAGAAAUUUAGUAACUCGAACUUUGGUUGGAUUGACGAAUAUGCAACAAUGUAAUCAACAUACCACUUAGAUUAACAUGUUAAUUAAUAUAUUUUGUGUAUAUAUAUUUGAUUCAUAUAUUAAACGGGUAUCCGAAAUUGAACCGAAACUGAGUUAAAACAACCGAAAUCUCAUAAAUACAUAUUGGAUAUAAAAAUGAUUUAUCCGAUACUCGAAACCAAAUGAUUCUUAUCCGAAAUCGAACCGAAUACCCGAAUGCUCAAGGCUAGGGACGGCGAUAGUGAAGAGGAUGGGAGAAACGUUCUGGGAGACAAACUAAAGACGAAAACAUCAAAUAUGGAAAAUAUAGUUUUUUUACAUCAGAUCCAGCGUUGAUGAAACAUAAAUAAUACACAGAAAACAUGAAUAAAAAUUUAACAAAAUCCAUUGUUAAUCGCCCAAUAUUUUUAUUUUAUUUGCAGUUUUGUAACUUCAGCUAUUUUAUUUACCAAUUUGUAUUUCUUGAUAAUGAAUAAAAAAGAAUUGCAGGACCAGUUAGUAUGUCCCGGAAAUCGACAAUGAAAAAGAUCGUAGAUAUUUUUUUGUACUCUUUUGUUUGUCUCCCAAUGAAAUAUGUCUUACUUUGUCUUUUGCUUUUACGAAUCGAAUAAACAUAGCACGUGCACGUUUAUAGUCUGAUUUUUGGGAAUUUUUUAUGUUUACCUCAUUAUUGGUACCAUUAUUUAUAGUUAUUUUUAAUAAAAAGAUAUUUUCAUAAAUAUCUUUUCAUUAAAAACAAAUAACUUUUAUAUUGUUAUAUAUAUAUAAUAAAUAGUUAUUUAAAUAAAAAAUACAUUUAUAUAGUUCGAAUCUAAUUAUACGUUUUCAAAAUCGAAUUUUUUUACACCUCAAAAUUUAUUUUUGAAACUAUUUUUUAAAAUUAUUUAAAAAAAUUUAAAAGUAUUUGUUUAUAUAUUUAUUAGAAUCCUAAACUCCUUAUUUCAAAAUCAUACUCUACCCUCAACUUUAAACUCUCUUCCUAGAUUAGUUAACCAUAGUGUUAUAAGUAUAUUUUUUGUCUUUAAAAUUGAAGGUAAAAAUAGUUAAGAUAAACAUAAAAAAUAAUAUUAUGAAUUUAGUAUUUUAGGCAAUUUCCCUUGAUUUUUAGCUAAAAAGUCAAUUAGUUAAUUAAAGGAAAUUGCUUAAACUAUCACAUUUCUAAUAUCAUUGUUCAUGUUUACCUUAACCACAUUUACUAUCACUUUUAAAGCGGUAACCUAAUCAUAUAAUUAACUUAUCUAUUCUCAGGGUUUAAAGUUAAAAUUUUAAUAAAUAUAAAAAUAAAUACUUAAAUUUUUUUAAAAAUAAUUUCAAAAAAAAUUCGAAUUUCAAAGAUAAAAUUGAAAAAAAAUCAUUUUUAAAAAAAUUUGAAUUUGAAAACAUAUAAUUCAGAAACUCUUAAAAAUUACUUAUUUUAUUUUUUACUACUUAUUUAAUAAUUAUUUAUAUUUAUAUAUUUAUAAAGCAAGGGUAUAAAAUUAUUUUGCCUUUUUAAUGAAGAAUUAUUUUGUGAAAAUGUAUAUUUAAUGAAGGUAAACAUGAAUAAUGGUAUUAAUAAUGUGGUAAACUUGAAAUUUAUUAAAUAACCAAAUUUAUCGGUUAAUUUAUGAAAUAACCAAAUUUGAAAAAAUGUGUUAUGAAUAUAGUAGUUUUAGUGUUAAAAUUAGUUUUAUAGCAUUUUUUUACAUUUCGGUUUUCUCUUCUUUCAGCUGGUUGAUAGUGAAUACUAAAACAUGAAAAUGGUGGGUCUGUAAGAUAAAAAUCAUAGAACUUAGUCUAAAGAAGUGGUGAGAAAGAUUGUGGCGGUGAUGGUUAUCAUAAAGGUAGUGAAGGUGAGUACGGUGGUGUUGCUAAAGUGACGAUGGAUUCAAAAUAUGUAAAAAGGCUACGGAGUUGGUGGUGCUCGUGGUGGUUACAAAGAAAGUGAUUCAUUGAUGAUAUCAAUAUUUUGAUCUUCAGUGUCGAUUUUGUUUUCAAACAAAAGGUUCCUUAUCUUUGAACUGUAAUCACUGAGUAUAUUUGUGAAUAUUUUAUAUUUCAGAGAAUUUAUUUUGUAAUUAUUGUUUGUAUAAGCAAUAAAAAAAGAGAUGCACAUGGCUUGGACCCUAAGUUUUUAGUUAAUAAUUCUAUUUUCUCAAAAUCUUGAUUGGCAAAAAAAAAGUUUUUGAAAAACAAAAACCCAAAACUGUCUCAAAAACCACAAAAAACCUUUUAUUUUGUACUCCUUCCGUUUUAUAAUAGACUUUUUAAUAUUUUCACAUAUAUUAAGAAAACACAUUAAACUACCAUAACAAAUGUAUCGUUUUCUGUAAUUUCAAUUUUUAAUAAUUUUAAACCAAUAGAAAUUCAAUUAAUUCAAUUAAUUUUCUCGAAAUUUACAAUUUUUUCAUAAAAACAAACAAAAAUACAUUUUUGUGAAACAAACUUUUUUCUAAAAAGUCGAUCUUAAUGGAAUAGAUGAAAUACAUCUUUAGCAGCUGAUUUAAUAAAAAAAGAGAACCAUAGCCAGAGUGAAUUAUUAUUUUUUCAACAAUUCAUGGGUUGGAAUAUUAUAACAAAAUUAUUUAUCAGAUAACUAUAGCCAGAGUUAUUUAAAUUAAUAUUAUGCUUAUAGAUGUUUAAUUAGUCAACAUAGCCAUCAAAACUAACCUCUUAUUUUAUGCAAAUUAAUUUUUCCCAGAUCACAAAAAUUAUUCUUAAAUACUAAAUUUGAAAUUAGUUUUAUAAUUUCAGGCAGAUAAUAAAACCAUGCAUUACCAACUAUUUACUUCUACAUGGUGUAAUACAUAAUGUAUUGAAGCAAAAACAAAACUUCUAAAAUAAAUUAAACUUUUUUUUUACUUAUUUUCAAAUGAUUAAAUAGUAAUUUCACCCUGCGCAAAGCGCAGGUCUCAACCUAGUCUAUAUAUAUAAAGAAAUGGGCCUCUCUCCUGGUAAGACCACGUCAUCAAUUAGGUAAUGGAGGUGAUGACACGUGUCCUCUUCUUUUAUUCUUUGUUUUUGGGUUUCGUUGCUUACGGUAUUCGUUUACAAUUGCUGGGCUUUAAUCUUUGUUUGUGCUGUUGAACAUAUCAUACAUAUGCCCACAUAUUUCAUUAACCCUCCUGCGCAAUUGGAGACGACACCAUUUAGGGUUCUAUCUGUUCUUCAAGUUCUCAUUCAUGUCUGAUAAUGGAGUCUCGGGAGAGAAAGUCGAGAAGAAUCGUGUUGACGAUUCACUGGAUCGAGAUAUCUUGGUGUUGUUUCGUCUACGUUUCUUAUCCACUGAACCGUUAGAGGAUGAAUUGAUUUGGUCAUUAACACUCUUCUUAAAUCCUUCGAUCCUCUGCAACUGGGCGUUCUCCAUCAAUGCCUCUUCUCUCCCUUCAAGGCGGUGCAUUUACAACUAUAAAAAAGGUUAGAUUUCAUCAUGUGAACAUCAUUUUCACAAAUUCUCAAAACCCUUGAAACUUCUUUUUCAGUAAAAAGCUUGAUUUUAGAUAAUUUUCGUUUCGUUUAUUGAUUUAGAAUGCUUUGAGUUCAGAUGAUUUGGUUUCUUUUAUUGAUUUGGAAUGCUCGAGUGUAGAUGAUUUUGUUUUUUUAUUGAUUUUGGUUUCGUUUGUUGUUACAGCCAGGUAGGGAGAAUAGCUCAAAGAAAUUCAGCAGAAAAUCUAUUAUAUACUACAUUCUCUCCCUCAUCUUCCUCCUUUUCGUCACUCUUAUUGAAAUGUAAGAGAUGUAAACACCACUUUGCUCACUUCAUAUCUACGAUUGACUGUUUAUUCAUUGAAGGUUUUUAUGUAGAAACAUGCAUGAGACUUUGAGUUCUUAGCAUUUUGAGCUCCUCUUAUUGCAGAAUUGGAUGUCUUUUGCUAUCCUUGGGUCAGAUCAGGUACAAUAAAAGCAUGACAGAGACAUUAGCAUAUGUCAUGAGGCAAGCGGAUAGCAUGGUUUCUCAGCGUAGAGCUAUUUCAGAACAUCUUGCGACAGCAAAGCAGAUGGGGGUUCGUCAGGUGUCUUUACCUGCAAAUGUCCAAACUGAAAUCGAGCAGAUUGGAGUUAAAUUGAGUUCUUCUAUAGCUGCCAUCACUGGGAAAGCCACUAAUAGUUCCAGUGAUAUAAGAAACUUUCUUAAUACCGUGUAAGAGCAGCCUCUAAUAGUUAAAUUAUGUCUGUUACAGAAGCCUUAUGAUUAAAUCUUGACAACACAGUGUAACAGGUCAUCUUCUUUAUUGCAGGAAGGUGGCGCUUAUCACAGUUUCAACUGCUUACCUUUUGACCUUUUUUGGUCUCGGUAAGUGAAAAAUCUAAUGUUUUUAAGUUUUGAAAGAUGAGCUUCUAUAUAACUCCUACAAACUCAUCAUCUUCCACUACAUGUUUCUCAACUGUCUACUAAUUUGUUAACUCCUAUGAUCUUAUCUAAUCAUCUUCUCCUGCUGCUUCUUCAAUUUUUGGGAUACAGGUCAUUGUCUACACGAGUAAAAACCCUGGAAUGUUCUUUGUGUGCUUUCAUAAGUAAGAACUAUAUGAAUCUUUUCCUCUUCUUUAGCCGUGUGAUUCUUGGAUGGAUUUUGGUGACUGGCAAGUCAGCUAGAGGCAACCAAUCAGCAACACGAGUGAUUAUCAAUAUCACCUUCACCAUCCUGGCUUAACGCGAUCAAGUUCAUAAACAUUGGGUUGUUUUGAGUUCAAGUACUUUGGAUAGAUUAAAUAUGUCCACUUUCCAAAGAAUGGGAGGCAACUGAAAUACAGAUUCGUACUCUGCUGUUUGAGAACAUAUGGAGUAGUUUGUUAUACUUUUGCUUUGUACACAAAUAAUUUGUUCUAUUAUAAUUAAAGUUUGUUUAAUAAUUUUCGUCAACAUGCUCACCAUCUUUUAUAUUUUCUGCUACUAAAGACAAAAAAAAAUAUAUUUACUUUUAGUAAUUAUAAAUUAAUAAUGACGACAAAUAAUACAAAACAAUUCAUAUUUUGUUAAGUUGUUUUAUUUAAUCAGUUUAGCAUGAUAUAAAUAUAAAUACUCAAAUAUAAUAGUUAAAUAAUUUAAAUUAAACUAAAAUACAAGGAAAACCCUGGGAUUAGCACCAAACAAGCCGUAGGAAAAUUAUUUAAACUCUCAUCGACGCAUCAGCUUGCAUUAUUUGGGUUUCUAUUUGUGGGUCGGCUUAUUUGAUGGGUGCGCAUACGUAGGUUUGUUACUUGACCAUUUUCGCCAAUUAAGUUAAAUCAUAUAUAAAUUCAUUCGGUGCGAGCAUUACUUUUAAAUUCUUUAUCUCUCUCUAUGUUCGUCGUUUCUAUCCCAUAUUGGAAUCACCGUUACAGAGCAUAAAUUCGCCUAAAAGAAGAGAGAUUACAGACAUGUAAUUUUUAGAGGAUCUCUUCAAGUUAACAAGGAAUUGUGAUCUAUGAUGUUUAUGUGUUUCACUUGGAUCCAACAAUUUGAGAGGCUGACGAUUGGAAAAACUUCAAUAUGCCUUGCUAAUCCAUCUCUAAAACAACAAAGUGAUUUAAAACCUUUAAAUUAUAUCUUAGAUUAAUAUUAAAUAACAAAUCUAAACCAUAUGAUCUAAUCUUAUCAGAGAAUUCAUAUUUAGAAAUUGAUGCGAAUCUCUGUUAAAUCCAAGUUUCUUCGCGACAACGACGACUAUUAAUUUAGGGAUACCUGCCAAAUAGUUCAUGAUUCUUCAGCAAUGAUCGGUCUACGUAAUAACUCAACUUAACUAAUAUAAUAUUUCUCAAUUGUUCAUUACAAAAUUUCAAGAGAAAUUUGCCAAAACAGAACAAAAAACAACAUGGUUGUCCUUUUGGUAUAAUUUUUUUUCCAUUUUUCCAUUUUUAUUUCUAAAAUUUAAUGAAAUAAAUAAUCUUAUGACUUAAAAAAUUAUAAAAAAUAGAAACAAUUGAUAAAACACUCAUAUACACAAACUGGUAUUUUUUGUUGUUGAAAAACUUGAUAAACUAAAAUUUUAAAUUAUGUUCUACUAAAAGUGAAUUUCAUCUUCUACGGAAAAUAUGUUAGUAGUAAUUGAAUUCCAGAUUAAACAAGUUCAUCUACUUUUUUUAGAACAAACUAUCUAUUUUUAAAUAAACUUCUAAAAAUGAAGAAUGUGAAUUCUACUAAUUGUAAAGUUAGCUACUUUUUCUACGAAUGCAAUUUCUACUUUUAUGAGUUAUUUUAAAAUUUUAGGAAUGUGAAAUCUAGAUACUAUUCAAACGGCUAAAUGAGGUAAAAUCUGCUUACGGGAUUUUUGUCUUGGUUCUAUGCAGUGUAGAAAGUGCUUUCUACAUGUAAGAAAUCUGAUUUUGACGAAAAUUAUGGAAGUUUUAGUUAAGAAAAUAUUCUAAACGUAUUUAGCCGUUUUUAGUUAAUAUCAUAUUUUAAUGGUUCUUGCUUAAUUUUUUAAGAAAUAUUUAUUAAAAAUCUAUUAAAAUAUUUUAAAAAUCUAUUCUAUUCAAGAAAGCAAAUAUUGUGAACAACGUAAAAUGUUUAUAUUUUUAAUGAAUUAUUAUAACAUAAUAAUAAAUUUAUAAUUUCUAAAAAAGAAGAAUUAGUAAAAUGUAAAAUAUAUUUAUAUUGUUUUUUUUCAUUUGCUUACCCGCCCGUAGGGCGGAUCCGACCCUAGUAAAUAUUAAAACAUAACUUAUUCAAUUGUCAUGUUCAAAAUAUUAAUAACAAAGAUCCUUUGCAUAACGUACGAAUAUCUUAAACAAUAAGUCAAUGAAAAUAAUAAAGUAUUUAGGCACAUGUAUGUUUGUUAUAUAUAUUCUUUUCCCAGAGAGAACAUCAAUUAACCAUGUAUCAUCAAUAUAAACCAUGGGUCCAUUUAUAGUGAUAACUAUCUAACCAAACUUGAAAAAGUUUAGUUAAAAAAAUCUAUCUAAACCAAACUUAAACAGAUAAUUUCUUUAACGAAAUGAUUAUAUUGACCAAACAGAAAAUCUAUCUGGUUCCAGCUGGUCCAAACCAUGUGUCCAUCCUUUUGUGUUUGCUGCGGUCUGGGUCGCAUCAUCCUCUCCUAUUUUUGGGCUUAUCAUGAGGUAUUGGACCGAGAAGCUCUUGUAAAAAUUCAGAACGGAUUGGGCUUGAAUAAACUACGAAAAUGACUUCACUCGACCAAGGCACUAUGAGGAACAUUUAGUCGUGCCAGAUUGUCCUGAAACCCGACCAAAGCGAGACAAUUCGGCCAUCCGAGAAACUAUAGACGGUCAAACACGUUCAAGAUGGACCAAUGACCAAUUUGGAGAAGCCAAAGGUUAUUAUUAAUCAUGUUCUAGAAGUUUAUAAGGCACUGGGUCUUUGAUGUUUUAUCAAGUGAUACAAUAAUUAAUUUAAUUAUCAUCUCUUUGUUUUUUUUUUAAUGAGCCAGGAUGCACGCGGGAAAGUUUUAAAAUAGUAGAGGAGCUCUCUGAUCCCAAUCUAUAUCAAGUAAUCACAUUCUCCUCAUUUCUGCAUCAACUUUCUUCUUUCGACUUGAGCAAUGAUGGAAACAAUCGUCAUUGACUUUCAGAACUCCUUUAUCUUUAUCUUCCUCUGCUUCUUCUCACUACUCUGUUACACUCUCUUCUUCAGGAAACCAAAGGACUCAUGUGUUGACUUUGAUUUGCCUCCGAGUUCUCCUUCUCUACCCAUCAUUGGUCAUCUUCACCUUCUUCUCUCUUCUCUAACCCACAGAUCCUUACAGAAACUCUCCUCCAAGUAUGGAUCUCUUCUCUAUCUCCGCAUCUUCAGUUCCCCCAUAGUACUCGUCUCCUCAGCGUCAGUUGCUUAUGAGAUCUUCAGGGCACACGACGUGAACAUCUCCUCUCGCGGUUUCCCUCCGACCGAAGCUUCCCUUUUCGCUGGUUCUUUCAGCUUCAUCUCUGCUCCCUAUGGAGAAUACAUGAAGUUCAUGAAGAAGGUUCUUGUCACAAACUUGCUAGGACCUCAGGCUCUCAAGCGGUCACGGAGAGUCCGUGCUGACGAGCUAGAUCGGUUUUACGAUAACUUGUUCGAGAAGGCAGUGAAGAAGGAGACCGUGGAGAUCUUCGAGGAAGUGUUGAAGCUCGUUAACGAUAGCAUCUGCAAGUUGAUCAUGGGGAGGUGUUGUCCAGAGGAGGAAGAUGUGGUGGAGAGAGUCAAGGGAUUAGCUAUUGAGUUAGAUGUUUCGUCGAAGAAGAUUUUGUUGGCAAACCUGCUGCCCCCAUGGUUAAAGAAGCUUGUUCUCUCGCUGUUUAAAAAGGAAGUGAAGGCUAUUUCAAACAGUUUCGAUGAGCUGCUCGAAAAGAUUCUUGCGGAACACGAAGAGAAGCAGGGAGAGAAUCAUCAAGGUAAGGACUUGAUGGAUGUGUUGUUGGCAGCUUAUGGUGAGUAUAAGAUCACUAGGAACCAUAUCAAGUCUUUUUAUGUGGAUCUUUUAUUUGCUGGCGUUACCAACUCGGCGCUACCAAUACAGUGGACACUGGCAGAGAUUAUCAACAGCACCAAUUCUCUUGAGAGACUGAGAGUGGAACUCGAUUCCGUGGUAGGGACGACAAGGUUGAUUCAAGAAACAGAUUUACCAAACCUCCCUUAUUUGCAAGCAGUGGUCAAGGAAGGGCUAAGACUGCACCCGCCGGAGCCUAUGUUCGAGAGAUUCUCCCAAGAAGGGUGUAGGGUAGGAGGGUUCUAUGUACCAGAGAAAACAUCCAUAAUGGUUAAUGCUUAUGCUGUGAUGAGAGAUCCAAAUUACUGGGCAGAUCCUGACGAGUUUAAGCCAGAGAGGUUUUUAGUUGCAUGGCAAGAGGAGGAGAGAAGAGAGCAAGCACUUAAGUACAUUUCUUUUGGAAGUGGAAGAAGAGGUUGUCCUGGAGAGAAUCUAGCUCAUAUCUUUAUAGGAACUGCAGUUGGAGUGAUGGUGCAGGGAUUUGAAUGGAGGUUCAAAGAAGAGAAAGUUAAAAUGGAAGAGGCUGUUGCAGGACUGAGCUUGACUAUGGCUCAUCCUCUUAAGUGCACUCCUGUUGCUAGAACUCUAAACCCUCUAACGAGUCGUGGUAGCUUCUAGCUCCCAACACCUACUCCUCCAUUCUCCACUAAUAAGUUUACUAAAUUAUUUACUGGAUGGAUGUAUCCAAGAAAUUAUUUGAUUUGAUCAUAUAUUACUGUAAGAAUAAAUACCUAAGCUUUCAAUUACUUUACGUAUUUCAAAGAAGAAAACAUUGUGUAAUUAUAGUUAGUGAGCAAAGCAUGAUUACUCAUGAAUUUAAUAUUUUAAAUGCAAGAAUACUAUUCCCAACAAAUCAAUUUAUACUUCUACUUCUAUUUUAACAUACUUUUUAUUAUGAGAAUAAAUCGUAUAAUUCUACUUCUACUUCAUUUUUAUUUACUCAUUAUUUCUUGAUUUUCUCACCUUUUUUUUUUGAUAAUCCAGGUAAUACAGAUACCCGGAAGGAACCCGACUAGUGCCUAAAUACACAUCCGCAAAAAGUCCAUAUUGAGGCCAAAGCUCCCUCAAGACUAUUGGGCCGUCCUCGC